ACGGCUGGAUACCUUACCUUGAGGUGCACUAUUGCUACCUCGCGCAAAUAGAGCUGGCCUCCACUGCCCUAUUCCUAUUGUGGAUUGCCAUCUUGUUCGGGUUGAUGCUCUUGGUGGCGGAACGGUUCUUUUGCCCCAGCCUGGAGCUCAUUUCCGAGUACCUACGGCUGCCCCCCUGUGUGGCCGGCGCCACAUUACUAAGCUUCGGCAACGGCGCACCCGACGUGUUCACCCAGCUGGCAGCUAUCAGCCAGGGUGACAGCGACAGCAGCUCCCCUGGAGCCAUCGCCAUGGCGCUCAGCGAGCCCCUAGGCAGCGGCCUGUUUGUGGGCAACAUUGUGUUCGGGCUGGUGGUGCUGUUCUCCGGGCUGCAGGAGGUCGGGGCGGGGCAGGGGGUGGACGGGCCGGGUGAUGUUACGCCAAAGCCAAAGAGACAGCUGCCGACGUCAGACGGGGUGAAGGUGCAACGGUCCUAUUUCCUGAAGGACUGCUUGUUCUACCUGGGGGGUGUGGUCACCGUGUUUGCCUUCCUCAUACACGGAGUGGUGAUGGUGUGGGAGGUGGCUCUGCUGGCAGGAUACUACCUGGCCUUUAUUGUUGCGACUAUACUGCUGAGCCGUGGUGACGAGCCCGUACACGCCGACCCUAGGCUGCACGAGGUGCCUCACCGCCUGAAGCCCCUGGACAGCUUCAUGCGGGAGAGCUCUCGGCGCGUUCGAGACUUCUCUCGUGGCGCGUCUCAUGUCUCCCAGGCGUCAGGCAUAGACACGGACGCGGAGGCCCCCCUGCUGCCGGGGUCUGCGGCUUCCACUUCACCAACCAAGCAGCAACAACUAAAGCAACAGCAGCUGCUACAGCGGGGUCUCACUCUGGAGCGAAUUGAGGAGACGGCACCUGCCGGUGCAAUGUCCGGUGAGCUGCCGGUGGAGGAAGCUGGGGCGGGGGCCUCCACAGCUGAUGCUGACAUGAGUAGCGAGGACGACGAAGACGUGUACGACUUCCUCAUGGAACGGUUCCGUGGCGCGGCAGCCGCCGGCUUCGGUGACGUGUGCAGCAGCAGCUAUUGUGGCGUUGGGCCCGAUGGGGGCGUCAGCUUCAGCAGACGGCAGCCUGGCGACGGUGGCGGCGGCGGCAGCUACAAGCCGCCGCCGCCGGUGCUCUCGCCACCAGCGGCGGCGGCGGGACCUCCGUUCUUGAUGCCGUCGGCAUUCCACGCCACAGGCCGCACGUACAGCGGCGACUCCGUGGAAGCUUCCACGUCGUAUAAACCAUGCGGCGGCGGCGGCGGCCUCGGCUUUUGCCGCGGCAGUGUUGACGCGACAUCGUCAUUACGGCGGGAGGUUAGCGGCAAGCCGCCGGGGCGGAUGGAGCUAUUGUGGCGGCGGGUGGAGCGACCAGGCCUGGCGUUGCUGUCGCUCUUUAUGCCGCGCGUGGCAGUAGAUACGCAUGCGCGCUACCGCAAGACGUGCGCGGUGCUCCUGCCAAUGCUGCUGCCCACGUUGCGCUGGUGGCUUGUGUCCACGGGUGCUGGGCUGCUGGUGGCGGUGUUUGCGGCGAGGUAUUACCCGAAGAAGGGCCACCUGCAUGGCUACGCGGCGGGUGUGGCCACUGUAGUGGUGUUCUGCGAGGCGAUGGCGCUGCUGAAUUGCUCAGCGGGGGAGCUGGUGUCGGCGGCGGUGGCUCUGGGCCAGAUCUACGGCAUUAGCCCCAGCCUGUUAGGCGCCACUUUGCUAGCCUGGGGCAACAGCGUCAGUGACUUGGUCUCCAACAUCACGCUGGCAAAGGACGGUCUGCCCUCUAUGGCCAUCACCGCUUGCUUCGCAAGCCCAAUGUUCGUGCUGCUAGCAGGUCUCGUGACGUCACUCACGUACGCCACCCGUCACGGCACAAUGGAGCUGCCGAAGGACCUGUCGCUGCGGGUGUUGUACGGCUGCUCGUCCAGCAUCCUACUUAUGUGGGCGCUCGUCGUGCCAUUUGUGUUUCGCUUCCGUCUCACCCGUCGAGUCGGCGUGUUGGCGGUGGCUGUUUACCUGGUCUACCAGUCGGUGUACAUCUGGGCUGUCGUACACGACUCCCGAGUGUAA